CAGAUCGAGGCUGCCUCCCCCUCUCAGCCGGCAGCACAUUCCGUCGCCUUGCCGCCGCCCGGCCCCACAGUUGUCUUUGCCGGAGCUGCAGUCGCGCUGGGGUUAGGGCGGGGGGGGCGGGCGGGGAGAGGAGAAGGCCGCGGCGGAGGCAGGUGAGAGGAGGAAGGAAGCGGCGGCGCGGCGGGCACAGCAGCUCAGGCGGCGGCCCGGUUCCUGGGAGUGUCGGUGCGGCGCGGUGGUUGGGGCGGAUCCCGCGGGGCCCGGGCGGGGGAAGGAGUCACCGGCCCGGCCAUGGCGGACAACGAGAAACUGGACAACCAACGGCUCAAGAAUUUCAAGAACAAAGGCCGCGACUUGGAGACUAUGAGAAGACAACGAAAUGAAGUUGUAGUUGAGUUAAGGAAGAAUAAAAGAGAUGAACAUCUCUUAAAGAGAAGGAAUGUACCACAUGAAGAUAUCUGUGAAGACUCUGAUAUAGAUGGUGAUUAUAGAGUGCAAAAUACCUCUCUAGAAGCUAUUGUUCAAAAUGCUUCAAGUGAUAACCAAGGAAUUCAAUUAAGUGCAGUUCAAGCUGCUAGGAAGCUUUUGUCCAGUGAUCGAAAUCCACCAAUUGAUGACUUAAUAAAAUCUGGAAUAUUGCCCAUUUUAGUCCAUUGUCUUGAAAGAGAUGACAAUCCUUCUUUACAGUUUGAAGCUGCAUGGGCUUUGACAAACAUUGCAUCUGGAACUUCUGAACAAACUCAAGCAGUAGUUCAGUCCAAUGCUGUGCCACUUUUCCUGAGGCUUCUCCAUUCACCCCAUCAGAAUGUCUGUGAGCAAGCAGUGUGGGCAUUGGGAAAUAUCAUAGGUGAUGGGCCCCAGUGUAGAGAUUAUGUCAUAAGUCUUGGAGUUGUGAAACCUUUACUUUCCUUCAUAAGUCCAUCUAUUCCUAUAACAUUCUUAAGAAAUGUUACUUGGGUUAUGGUCAACUUAUGUCGCCACAAAGACCCACCACCACCAAUGGAAACCAUUCAGGAGAUUCUUCCAGCCCUUUGUGUGUUAAUUCAUCACACAGAUGUAAAUAUAUUGGUAGACACAGUCUGGGCGCUCUCUUACCUUACUGAUGCUGGCAAUGAACAAAUACAGAUGGUAAUAGACUCUGGAAUAGUUCCUCAUUUGGUUCCUCUGCUCAGCCACCAGGAAGUUAAAGUUCAGACUGCUGCACUUAGAGCUGUGGGCAACAUUGUUACUGGAACUGAUGAGCAAACACAAGUAGUUUUGAACUGUGAUGCUCUUUCACACUUCCCAGCACUCCUGACACAUCCCAAAGAGAAAAUUAAUAAAGAAGCAGUGUGGUUCCUCUCCAACAUCACUGCAGGAAAUCAGCAGCAGGUACAGGCAGUAAUUGAUGCCAAUCUUGUACCAAUGAUAAUACACCUUUUGGAUAAGGGGGAUUUUGGCACUCAAAAAGAAGCUGCUUGGGCCAUAAGUAACUUAACAAUUAGUGGAAGGAAAGAUCAAGUGGCUUACCUUAUCCAACAAAAUGUUAUCCCACCUUUUUGCAACUUGCUGACUGUAAAAGAUGCACAAGUUGUGCAAGUAGUACUCGAUGGACUAAGUAAUAUAUUAAAAAUGGCUGAAGAUGAGGCAGAAACCAUAGGCAAUCUUAUAGAAGAAUGUGGAGGGCUGGAGAAAAUUGAACAACUUCAAAAUCAUGAAAAUGAAGACAUCUACAAAUUGGCCUAUGAGAUCAUUGAUCAGUUCUUCUCUUCAGAUGAUAUUGAUGAAGACCCUAGCCUUGUUCCAGAGGCAAUUCAAGGCGGAACAUUUGGUUUCAAUUCAUCUGCCAAUGUACCAACAGAAGGGUUCCAGUUUUAGAAAGAUGUUGUGGAAGUUAGGUACAAUGCAGCACUGAGAUAUAUAUAUAUGUAUAUAUAUAUAUAUACAUAUAUAUAAAAAGGUUUGAUCCAUCAAGCUUGGCUCAUGGGAUCUGCUGCUGCAUUAAAUCGGGAAAGAAAAUGUGAAGAUUUCAUUUGGAAUCACAGAAAAUGCCCAAAUGAGGUCAAGAUGGCGAGUGGGUGCGAGUGAGAAUGAGUGGCAAAAUGUAAUGAAAACUUUACAUGAAUGCUUAUUUAGGUUGUUCAAAGUAAAAAGGGCUACAGGUCACAGAUCGUCAGUGCCUGAGAAAGAACAUUGACUUACUCUAUAUCAAUUGAGGGGAAAGUGCAGUACUGUCAUCUUCAAGCCUUGUAAGCAUAAAAGAGAAUAGGCUGCCCAUAUAAGUCAAAGGAAAAUGAGCCCAGGCCUUGCUAUGAAGCAGUGUGUGAAUGGACAAUGUUGAAUGAAUGUCUGGCUCAGUGAUGGAGAGCCAGGUUCAUCUUUGAAAUCUAGGGCUCUUCACUCAUGAAGCAGACUCCUAGUCCUGGAGUGACUGUGUACGAGAGCGUGGUUGUGGUGCUGUAUGUGAACGCAUGCAAGCUUGAUUCACCUUCAGGGGGCUGAUAACAAACCUAGUAAAUCAUCAAAAUGAGAUCAUAAGUGUUAAUGUACACUGGACAUGAAAACAAAGACUGGUUUAGCAGCAGACAUUGGUUUACUCUGCAGCCUGUGUUUUCUAUUUCCCCCUUUCCCACCUCCUUCCCCCCACCCCACUCCUUUUUUUUGCUUUUUUGCUUUUCUUUUCUUUUCUUUCUUUCUUUCUUUUUUUUUUUUUUUAGUUUUUAUUUACUUUACCUAGUAUGCCUUUUUUUAGUUGCUUCUCAAGUCAGAAAACUUUUCAGGAAGGUUUCCCUGUGCAUUUGCACCAGAUGAAUGUUUGAUGCUAUGAAAAGCUUUCCAUAUCAUCAAAACUAAUUUGUGUAGAUUUUUGCAUGAAAAAAAUCAUAAAUUUCCCUCAAAAUAGACUGUGUUGCAGUACACAAGUUGCCAUAAUAGUAUAAAACAGUAAAAUGUGCUUAAAAGGCCAUCCUUUUCAUUUUCAGAGAUAACAUAAAGAUCUUUGCAUGAGGUAAAUCUACAGCAUAGUUCAUUUUUAGAUUUUGUUGAGUCCUGUAAAGAAGAAGAAGAAAAAAGUUUCAGUUGUGGUAGAAUACCGUGCUGUGUUUAAAUGUUACUUGUUUUCAAACUUUGUUUUCUAUGAAAAUGAUAUGGAAACUUCUAAAAUGGAAUUUGGUGCAUAUGUACUGCUGAAUAAAGACCGAUGAAGAGGUUUGAGUAGAUGUACAAAUCAAGUAAUGGUUUGAACACCUUUAAUAAUAUGCCUAAUCUGUUCAAUUGUUUUAGAAUCUUUUUAUCUUAGAUGUAGGCAGCCAUGAACAAUCUAUUUUGAGCCACUUUAGGGAGAAAACUUUGUAUUUUUAAAACUUGCAUAAAAGUUAUGCAAGUGGUUUUUAUAAAUUGGAAUAAUACCUCAGUUUUGAGGUUAUGCACACUAAAUUAAAUGUGACAUAAAUUAAUUUGUACAAAAAGAACUCUUUAUAAGGUGGCUCAUUGUAGGAAAUCCUGUGCCUUCCCCUUUGAGCACAAGUGUUGCAUGAACAACAGUUUGCUAUAAGAAACAUACCAGAUUAGCCACCAUUAGCAUCUAUAUCUACUUUGUGUUUAAAAAUCAACUGGUAAUUCUGAAACACUGUAGAAUGGAUAAAAAUUAUUUUGUGAUCAUAACUCUUUGUUGAACUAGAGUAUUUUUGCAGCAUUCCUUGUCAUCAGAAACAUGGUUAAAAGUUUAAAACUAGAAGCAGCAGAAAACUAGCUUGUAAAAUUUAUCCAAGUAGAGUGCAGGCUAGGCUGUCUUGGGGAAAUAAACAUUAAAACUUAAAGCAAUGUUUUA